UUUUUUCAAGUCAGCUGCAUUUCCCAAGGACUGUCCUUCACCAAAAGCGCGUCUCCCCCUUCUCUCCUCUUAGGGACAGAUAUCUAUGCGAUCCCACCCCGUGUCGCAUCUUGUCCCAGAUCGCGAGCCAUUAUCCGUAUACGGUCGGGCUCGACACACUCUCUCUUCCCGACUGGCUAAGCCGGCUUAGCCCUCCGGUAGAAACGAUCGAUUCCUUCCGCCAAUGUCGCGAGGACAACAAGGGUUUCUCAUGAAAGCACAUUUCUGAAUUAAGCACACUUCAUCUAUAGCCAUGGCCUUCGGCUUUGGAAAUCCAGGAGGUGCCAUCGGUGGAUCUGGGGGAGCUACCCAAGGUCCUGACCUUCAAGUCAUUCAGACAGAAUCUCUCGGUUUCUUGUCGCUGUCUGGUGACGCGAAGCUACAGUUAACGUCGCGAUGGACUCCGCCGCCCGCGGAUAAUGCCUCCCUCAUCAGUAUCGCUUCGCGAAAAGGGCUUGUUGCCGCUGCCGGUCCCGAUGCCGUCAUACUUACCUCCACCGAGGCGGUCCGAAAAGCGUUCGAUGGCCCUAAAUAUGGCGACAGCGAGACUCGGGUCUUCGAACCCCCGUUAAAGCUCGCUCUACCAAUAAGAAUCUGUCAGCUCGCCUUCACGUCUGACGAAGCCUACCUGAUAUUGUCGGCGGAACAAGGCGGUGGGCUGGCGGUAUACGAAGUCGAAGCUUUGCAGCAAGGCUCAUCCCAAGCCGCAUUCGAGAUACCAACAAAUGGAGAGUCGCUUAGACUCCUAGCGCCCAACCCCGAGCCAAAGAGGGGCGAGCUAUGUGCUGUUGUGACAAAUGGGGGCAAGCUCCUGAUGGUAAAUAUGCAGGAACGCAGUUUCGUGUCGGGGCCUAACGGCCAAAUUCUUAAGGACCAAGUAAGCUGUGUCGCCUGGAGCAAUAAAGGAAAGCAGCUUGUGGCUGGGCUUGGCGACGGCACCAUAUUGCAGAUGACACCGGAAGGGAGUAUCGAGGCUGAAAUUCCUCGACCACCGGGUCUUGACCCAAAUUAUUUUGUCUCUUCUCUGAUUUGGCUCAAGGUCGACAUAUUCCUAGGGUUUCACGUCUCUGCCUCGGAACAACCUCCCCAAACUAGAUGUCAUUUGAUCACGAGACAAGGACAGCAAUUUCAAUUUCAGAAGCUCAGUGAUCCAGUAGACCCCUUUGGGAGCGAGAAGACCCCCCACCACACGAUCAUGCGGCUGAGGGACUUCCCCCCGAACCUCCUGGAUGUUCUUAUUUGCUCUUCAACUGCCACCCCUGAUAUCGGUCUCCUUACUCGGUCGAAAACGCCGUUGGCCCCUAAUGGUCCUUCUAACCUUUUCGCCACCACUGAAUUGGCCGAUGAUUCUAGGCGAGCUACUCUGCCAAUGGGUGAUGGAAUGGAAAGCCCGGCGGCUAUUGGGACAGCUCUUGACCUGUCCAGCCGGGAUAACGUUUAUAAGCCCAUACCCACUGACGAGAUUGACCAGUCUGCUGGUCCCCUGCCAGGUUAUUGGGUCCUCAAUGUCGAUGGAGUUCUCUCCGUUUGGUGGAUUGUAUAUUCCGAGUCGAUCCGACAAAGAACCGUUUAUCCGGGUCUUGUUGCUUCGGAGGGAAAUCCACCAGGCUCCAUCGAGCCGGCUGUACCCAAACAGGCUCAGCAACCGUUCAGCGCGGCAACCCCCUCGCCGUUCGGAGCUCCGAUGACGGCGCCGGGGGCAGCAUUUGGAAGUCCUUCAACGCUGGGAUCGAGCGGUUCGCCCUGGGGAGCCCAGCCUUCUUCCGGCCACGCCCGGGGCCCUGCGUUUGGCUCUAGUGGCUUUGGUACGGGAACUGCUUCCUCAACGCCAAAAUUCGGCACAGCGUCUUUCGGUGUUUCGAGUUUCGGGACAGCUAGCACACCUGCAUUUGGUCAGUCUACUGGGCUUGGUGCCAAGCCUUCGCCUUGGGCCACCGGCUCGACUUCGUCGAGCACCCCGGCCUUUGGACAAUCUGGCUUCGCCAAACGCGCUGACAAUACCAACGCCUCUGCAAGUUCGUUUGGAGGCGCGAGUUAUGGCGCCGUAAACUCGACCGGCGGCUUCGCCAGCUUCGCGAACAAGGGCGGCUUUGCUUCACUAGGGUCAAGCAACGCAGGAGGAGCCAGCAUUUUCACGUCGACGAAAGCGGAGGCACCUGAAGUAUCGAUGGAUGCGGAGACUACAUCGAUAUUUCGACCAUCAAGCUCUAAGCCAAGCAUAGGUUCUGGGGCUAUCUUUGGGUCGCAGCCAUUCAAGCUGACGUCAAGUUUUCAACCUGAUCCUAAUGUGAGGGAUCAAGACGCCAAUAAAAACGAUAGAAGCAAUGAGGAACCCAUGUUUUAUGAGGGGUUUGCAGCUACAUUGAAUGGGCCGAUAGAACCAACUCCCUUAAGUCCACCUUCAGCAGGGACGCAAAAUACCUUCGGGCAAUCAAGCGCAGAAUCAACAACGCCGAUUUCUACACCUGCCCCCUCGAAAUUCUUAACCCAAACUUCACCUCCCCCUCAAACCAAAGGAAUCUUUGACAUCCCAUCGAAGACUUCUAGUAAAGUAGCCGACACUUCCUCACCUUCUACUUCCCAGACGCCAACAGGAGAUAUAUCACGAAGUCAGCCCGAAAUGGAGACUCCUAAACCGAUGAAACAUCUCCCGGAAGUUCCUCUACCCCCAGAGUCUACUAGCAAAGCAAGUUACGCGUUAGGCGAGUCCUCCUCGUCAUCCGCCGUUACUGCAGACGCUCUAGAUGUUAAUGAGGCACCACCUGGUGACGAGAGCGUAACUCUCCCUCUUGAUUCCACAAACUCGCCAAGGAAAGCCGAACGCGGGACUCCACUCAAGGCCUUGCCAGUUGUUGUUGACGAUGCCCCUCUGCCACCAGAUCCGAUCAAGAAUAAGAAAGCAUACGAUACCCCUCUGCCCCCCUUGCCUGGAAUGAUUGCUAGCGCUAAGGAGGUUGACGCUGCUCCCUCGCCGCCUGACCCUGCCAAGCAGACGAAAGCAUAUGAAGGCAGAUUGUCUGUUCUCACCAUUGCGAAACCCGCAUUUGCUGCUGCUGGGCCUGGGUUUAAGUUCCCAACAAACCCCCUCCCAGUGUCAUCGGAUAGCGACGACGACGAUUUAUCCGAAGAGGAAGAAGGCACCGAGGCUGUUAGUGAAGGUAGCGGUGUGGAUGUGGCCAAAGAUCUCAGUCCUUCGAGUAUCGGUGCCAACAGGACCCCUGGCUUUACCCCUCAGAGCUCUUUUAAUGGCCUGGCUGGAAGCUAUUCUACAGUACCUCACCCCGACCAAGAAAAGCGAUAUUUUGGUGAACUGGGCCGGAAUAUGCCCAUAUUGCCUCGGCCAAACCUAGCCAGUCCUCGCUCUCCAAGUCCCGUGAGGAGUACAGUGCCCGCGAGGAUACUCGUGAAGGACCAAGCACGAUCCGUUAGUGCUCCCGGCAUGGCGUCUCAGAUCCUCAGUACGUCUAGGAGACACCAGUCUCGAUUAGGGAUGUCAAUUGUUGGCAGGGAUACUCAUGACGAAGAGGCUGCGGUUGAACAGCACCGAAUGGCUAAGGCACGAAGGGAAGCCGAGGAGAGCCGGUUACUUCUAGACGAGGAGGAUGACACUAUUCAGGAGUUGUUGAGAACAGAAGUCAAACCGACCCUAGAGCUUGACGAGUUUAUUGCACACUCCGGUGUAGCGCCACCAGCUGGCGAUAGCGUGCCGGCGCAGGUGGAGGCCGUAUAUCGUGACAUCAAUUCGAUGAUAGACACACUCGGGCUCAACGCGCGGUCUCUUGCCGGGUUCAUUAAGGGCCACGAGGAGGUCUGCACCAAAGGGCUUACCAGACAAGAUCUUGCUUCUGCGGACAACUGGACUCUAGCUGGUCUUGAGAACUUGGCUGACAUAAUCGAUCAGGAUCUCAGCUUAGCUUUAGACGAAGCAAGGAUAGUCGAUGUCGCUGACAGACUGGCACAAUGCGUGGAUAUCCAGCGUGAUCUAGGUCGCGAUCGUAAUAAGCAGGCUGAUCUCAAGAAAAUUGUUAGCUCGCGCUUGGAUCCGGACCUAAGCGUUGCGUACCGCGCUUUGCCCCUCAGCUCGGAGCAGGCAGUGCAGCAGAGCGAUCUUCGGCGGGAAUAUGCUAAAUUCACGAAGCUUCUGGCGGAAGCUGAAGAGAGCCUGACCAUGCUCAAGGCUAAAAUUGUCUCCGUCAAUAGCGCUAGUGGGAAAGGUGGACCGGCGCCGACCAUUGAAGCGGUUGUACGCACCAUCACCAAGUUGACUAGCAUGGUAGAAAAGCGCAGCGGCGAUAUCGAUGUCCUCGAAAACCACAUGAGAAAGUUGCGUGUCAGCUCCUACGGGCUUGGUAGCCGAGAGGGAUCGCCUUUAGCUGCGUCCCAUGCUAGGAGACUAACCGUGUCCUCAUUACUGUCACCGGAACGGUCGGCCCGGGAAAACACACCGCAGCGUAGUAGCGUCCUGCGGCACUCCAUGUCGGGGUCCGUGGCAAGCAUCGGUGUGGGAGUGUUGCAUACUCCGCCGCGUAAGAAGCUCACUGGUUUUGGGGAUGCGGAGAAGAGGGCUGUGAUGGAAAAGAGGGAUCGCAGAGUGGCCGUCCUCGGAAAACUUAGGGGUAGUCUGCAGAAGAGGGGUGUCGGUGUUUGGGCUGUGGACGACAUCGAGUAGGCCUGAUGCUUCGCAAUAGAGAUAGCAUAGUAGAUAAUCCGACGCCGUCUAAGCGAGAGGCGUAGACAAGGUAGAAGAGAUAAGACGGCGAAUUUUACGAUA